ACACAGAUUUAAAACUAAUUGUGCCACCGUGAUAAGAGUUUGUUUAUGAGCACAAAGCAACUUCUGAUAAAGAAUGAGUACAUCAGAUGAUACAGAAUUUCCUCACAAAAUAAUUGAUUACAUGCUGGGUUUCUUAGCAUCUAAGGCUCUAUUUUCUGCAAGUGAGCUGGGAGUGUUUGAUAUUCUUUUGAACUCAAAGACACCUUUGUCCUGUGCCGAUAUUGCUGAGCAGGCAUGUUGCACUGUGGAUGGAAUGGAUAAAUUGCUUACCGCCUGUGCGGGGCUAAAAUUGCUUAGAAGAACCCAGAAGAAUGGAAAAUGCCUUUACAGCAACACACACCAUUCCCAAUUGUAUCUUGGAAAGUCUAGCCCAAAAUCCUUGUAUCCAAUGGGAAAAUAUAUGUCAAGCACCAUGUACCUCUUGAGUCAUUACAUGGACGAUAGUGUCAGAGAAGGAAAACCAAAUUAUGACAAACUCUGUGAAAUGGACUGCAAAGACAUCUUUGGUUUUAAAUCCAUAUACCGGUCUGAAGAAGAAACAUUUAAAUUCUUGGGCUUCAUGGAUUGUAUAUGGAAGGUCUGUGGAAACGAAGUGGUUACUGCAUUUGACCUAUCACAGUUUAACAACAUCUGUGAUAUUGGAGGCUGCUCUGGUGCCAUAGCAAAACUGUGCAUUUCAGAAUAUCCUAAUUCAAGAGUAACCAUUUUUGAUCUGCCAGAAACAGUGAGGAUGGCAAAGGAACAUUUUGUAUCUCCUGCAGAGGAAAGGAUCUCCUUCCAUGAAGGUAAUUUCUUUAAAGAUCCACUUCCAGAAGCUGAACUCUAUAUUUUGGCCAGGAUUCUUCAUGACUGGAAAGACGAUGAAUGUCUUUUCUUAUUGAAAAAUCUAUAUAAGUCAUGCAAACCUGGAGGUGCCAUCCUGAUAAUUGAAACAGUAAUGAACGAACACAAAAGUGGGCCGUUUCAAAGCCUUUUGUUCACUCUGAUGAUGUUGAUUGCCACAGCUGGAAUGGAAAGGACAACAUGUGAAUACAGCAAACUCCUAAAAACUGCUGGAUUUCAAAACAUUGAGACAGGCAAAACUGGAAAGCUGUACAAUGCCAUUUUAGCCAGAAAACUAACAUAAAAUGGACUAUGUUCAAUCUGUAAUUUUUUUAGAUAAAGAGAGAGAUGAUCUGCUUUAUUUCUUAGACUUCAUAUAUAUGGGACAGUAGUGCAUGAGAACAAAAACACAAGUGAAACAGUAAAUGAUUUAUUCAAGUGCAAAACCACUGUAUAAACGCUGAAAAACAACACAUGCCCCGCCUCCCAUUUGCAUGCCCUCAGCUGACCGCUGCUCAGGUUUCUAUAGUGUUCACGAUCCUAUCCCCUUUGGCUGAGCCCACACCUGUGACAAGCUGAGCAGGAGAAGUAGAGUGGAGCAUCCUGCAGCAUCACUAAUACAGGCUUGACAUGCUAGGGAGGAUUGUUUUGUAUGCUGUAAUAAGAACAUGAAUUGCAACAUCCAGUCUACUUUGCAAACAUUAUCAUAACCAUUCGUGUUUUGUAUUAUUUCUUACUUUUUUAAUUUUGGAUUUUGCAGCCACACUUUCAGAUCUGAUUUGUGUUUCAUGUCUAUUUUUUUUUUUUUGUAAUCCAGUUGUAAUUUGUAGUUAUGCAAUAUUUAUGGACUUAAGGUAGUGUUGACAGAACUGAAUGAGAUUCAUCAUAUGUUAGUUUUCAAAAUAUGUUUCAUUUUUCAGUGUGUUGUUCACUUGGUAUAUGAGUAAUUAAUAAUAGGAGCAACCAUUUUUAUGGAGACAAACUUUUGAAUAUAUGCAAAAACAGUUAACUUUUUGUUCUCUGAUAACUUCAGCAGACUACAUCAUAAACGAUAUCCUAUAAUUUGAACAAAACAAAUAUGAAUGAGCAGUUUAUAGAAAUAUUGGGAAACCUUUCAGCCAUUCUACUGCUAUAUCAUCACAUUCACUCAGAGAUUAAAAAAAUCAGAAAAUCUGUUAUUCUUAUUAAAAUUAUAAAAUGAAAA